UGUCGAGAGAGAAAAAUGAGUCCCAUGAUAGAGCUUGUAACUGCUAUCUCGUGUUGUUUCUUCCUCGUAGCUUUGAUAAAGUUCCUUUAUGAUUACUUGUGGAUACCUCUCCGUAUACAGUACAAGCUGAAUUCACAGGGAAUCAAAGGACCUCCCUACAGAUUCAUCCAUGGAAACAACAAAGAAGUUGCCAAAAUGAGACAAUCAGCAAUGAGCAAACCUCUGGAUUUGACUCAUAAUAUAUUUCCCAAACUGCAGCCACAUCUAUACUCCUGGAUGAACAAAUAUGGGAAGAAUUAUCUUGCUUGGGACGGUGUCCGAGCUGAACUUGUGAUUUCAGAUCCAGAACUAAUCAAAGAAGUUCUUAAAAACAGUGAAAAGAACUUUCCGAAAAGGAAGCCUAAUGCUUAUCUAAGGAAGCUGAUAGGGAACGGUCUUGUGUUUAUCGAGGGCGAAAAGUGGGAGAAACAACGAAGGUUAGCGAAUCAUGGUUUUCAUGGGGAGAGCUUGAAGAACAUGACUCCGUCAGUAAUUGCCAGCGUUGAAACAAUGCUAGAAAAGUGGAAAGGCCAAGAAGGAAAAGAGAUCGAAGUGUUUCAAGAAUUCAAAUUAUUGACUUCAGAAGUGAUAUCUAGAACAGCUUUUGGUAGCAGUUACUUGGAAGGGGAGAAGAUUUUCGCCAUGUUGGAAGAGUUGUCGAUAAUCAUGACUCGAAAUAUUUUCAAGACCAGAAUCCCUUUAAUCAACAAGUUAUGGAAACCUGCUGAUUUGAUAGAAUCGGAAAAACUAGCAGAAGAAAUACAAGAUAUUGUGAUGAAGGUUGUUAGGAAAAGAGAAGACGGAGUUGUGAAUGGAGAAGCUGAUGGAUUCGGAUACGAUUUUCUGGGAUUACUUGUAAAUGCCUACCGUGAUUCGGACGAGGAAAACAGGAUUUCAAUGGAAGAUUUGGUUGAUGAGUGCAAAACGUUCUACUUGGCUGGACAAGAUACUGUUAAUUCCUUACUUGCGUGGACAGUUUUUCUUUUAGCAAUCCAUGGAUAUUGGCAGGAGAAAGCUAGAAGAGAGGUGAUCGACGUAUUCGGAAACCGGAAUCCGCAUACCAAAGGCAUCGCCAAGCUCAAAAUUAUGAGCAUGAUCAUUAAUGAAACUCUAAGAUUGUAUGGUCCAGCAACUGGCCUGAUGAGAAAAGUUGGAAGAGAAGUUCAGUUGGGAAAGCUAGUAUUGCCUGCCGAUAUAGAUCUUCUGGCUCUAAAUAUUGCGGUUCACCGUGACCCUCAACUAUGGGGAGACGAUGUUCAUCUUUUUAAACCAGAGAGAUUUGCAGAAGGGAUUGCGAAAGCUACUGAAAACAAUGGGGCUGCAUUUUUGCCUUUCGGAUUCGGACCCCGAUCUUGUGUCGGGAUGACAUUCGCAACCACGGAAACGAAGAUUGCUCUCUCCAUGAUUCUACAACGCUAUGCCUUCACCCUCUCCCCUGCCUAUGUCCACUCACCGGUAUCGGUUAUCGCCGUUCAACCCCGACACGGGAUUCAAAUAAUACUCGAGUCAGUUCAUAACGAUGCUUAAUGUACAUAGCUGCUAUGAAUCCAGGACUUAAC